AGUGGCCUCCACGGUUCCAUGUGGAACGUAAGCUCGUGGGGCCGCAGGGGGCUGGCACCGGUCAUUCGGAACUGAGGGACCGCGGUGAAGGAAGCCAGGAAGCGUCAAGGGAGGACUUGAGGCUCAGGCUGUCAUGGAGCCCUGCACCAAGACCGCCAGACUGGCUGCCAACCAAGCAGCCUCCGGCAUCGGCAGUGUGGCUGAGGGCAGUCAGCAAUGCGGAGAUGGGGCACCCAAAGCCCGAAAUCCAGGGAUGGGAGCUGCUCAGCUACUAGAUCUUCCUCUUGGAGUCAAGCUCCCGGUGAUCCCAGGAACUGAUACUGUAUAUUUUACGACGAAUAUCGGUGAAAAGACCCCCUACUCCACCUGAUUCUCCAGGAUUCAAGAACUGAACUGAACUUGUAAAAUGAACAAAGAUCACAAACUGGUACCUUCAGGACCCUCUGGAUUGGUGCACACUAUCAUGUGGUAGUGUGAAUUGAAUUAGAAGCCUACAAACAAAGGGCACAUGACCUCUGCUUUUCCAGCUCCCCCCACAUACUCCAACAUCAUCACCUGUUUUCCGACUUGGCAUUGUAUCAGUAAGCACUAAAGCUGAAAGAAUGCAAAGACAACAUUAGCACAUUUUUACACAUUCUUCUUUCACUUACCUUUUCAU